AUGACCUCUGCUACUGUUCUGGUUGCCAAUAACAAGGACACAGUCAAUCGUUGUUUUACUUAUCUGACAUGCAAUACCACUCCUUGUCCCAUCCAUGAUGGUUACCUUCCCGAUAUUGAUUUUUUACCUGAAAAAUCAGUGGAUAUAGUGCGAAUCGAAUUCAAGACGAAUGAGGUGCGUCAGGGUGGCAAACUCCCAGGCCGUGUCUUUAUGCAACUCACUGCGCCUGCGAGACUCGAUGAGAUCAUAGUUGACCUCAACUAUACGAUCGUAGGGCUGAAAGGAGACGGAACUGUGGUACCGUUGGCCGGAUACCGAUCUGCAAACGCAAAAAUACUCCCAAUACCAUUGGAUAACAAAAAUAAACCCCAGGCCGCCCAAGCUCAACAAAGUAAUUUCGUUGUCAUGCCAACACAGGAUACGUCCAGAAGAGUUACUCUGCCACAGGGAAUGCAUGCUAUUCCAUUCGAGAUUCAGGUGCCCAAAGGCAUGACACCAACCUUCAAUUACGUCUCACCAAAGAAUGGUGUUUCUGUGACUAACAACUAUUCAGCCGAAGCUGCGGUCAAGUUUAAUGGCAAGACUGUCCGAACUAAUAGAGUGACUAUUAUUGUCAAGAGCCUCGGCAACGAACAAGGUGGCCUCGGCUAUAGUGACGGCAACGUUGAGAUGGCGAUUACUAAGAAGUACGUCAAGAAGGACGGGGACUUUGCCUAUGCCAUCGGUCAAACGCAUGAAAACGAAAACCCGAAGUGGGAUGUACCCACGCCCGUUAUUGUGCAAAAGGUCGACUGUCCACCACUAGGUAUCAACGACGAAAGGAUACUCAGACCAAACCUGAAUCCAAAAAGUUCCGGAAAGUCAGCUUCUGUCAUAGACGACUACAACAACGAGCCAACUAACGCUCCCAAACUCCACAAUAAGGACUUCAAAGUUUCGUACGACGAGAAAAAGGCAGAAGUCCGCGCUGAUCUGCCGUCUAUCGAGGUUGACGGUACUACCUACGAAGCACCAUUUGCGGUUGUGGACGAAGUCGAGCCGGGCUGGCAACCCACACACCUCACGCAACCCGCAGGCAUCCGAAGAGUAUAA